UUACAUUUUCACUUUCCAAUCUUCGUUGUUUGUCAGUAAACAAUUGUUUGAACUACGCAUGUAUUGGUAAUCAAAAAGCUCGCUUAAGUUUAAUGCGACUCACAUAAAAGCUGGACUACACUGUUUUAAUUUGGAUUUAAUGGACACUUAACAUGUGCUUUCAUAGCUUUGUUUGUUUGCUACUGUUUGUGCUUUCCCUUGAUCUUCGGUUUGGACCUUGGUGAAAUAAUGAAAUAUUCGGAAGCCAUAAAGGCGUUGUGUUUGAUGCUGCUUCAAGAACAGAAAACAUAGGAGAGUAUGACUUCUGUAAAUAUUUUUUGGGGGUUUGUUCAAACUUGACACAAAGCGUCAUUUGCAAUCGAAUGUUAAUAACAAGAAAAUGUUUCCCGUAUCUUGAAACGUGACAAGCUACAUAUUGACAGGUUAUUGAAGGCAGUGUAAUUUAGUCAUCAAAUUUCUUCAUUAUUGGAUUAAAUGUAUCAAGCUUCGUACAAACAGAACAUCGUUCCAUUGUUGUAUACACUUGGAUGUUUACGAACGAAAGUAUUACAUUAAACCAACGACAUAAAAAAACUCAAAAUUGCAUUCUUUUGCGUUAGAUACAAAUUGGUUAUGCCAUAACAAUUGUCGACUUUCUUAAAAUGAAAAAGAACAGAACUUGGUGAAUAGUAAUGUGUUCGGAGGAAAAUGAAUGAAAUAAUUAGUAUAUUUUGUGUUUAAGAAAAAAUAUGGCAUUAAAUGGGAAAGCGGGUGUUUCUACGAUUUUGCGACUCUCUGCCAGUAUCUAAGAAUUGCUUUAUAAUAAUAAUAAUAAUAAUAAUAAUAAUAAUAAUAAUAAUAAUAAUCAUAUAAAAAUACGAACAAUCCAAGGAAAGAGCGCGGUUAAUACGCAGACAAAGGUAUCGUAGAGAGUCUUUCCAAAUAUCGCAGAAAUAUUCGAAAUUGUACUUGGCGCCCGACUUUGGUCGCAUAUAGCGAGAUGUCUACAGACGACGCGAGAAGACACGACGGUGGCCCACUAGAAAGAAGCCACAUCAAAGAUAUGGUGCUCCGGAACGCGCUCGAAAACGCCGCGCUUGUCAAGACAUCCAGACGCUUAGAGAACCAGAGACGUGCGUUCGUGCGACAAAGCACGCGGGAUGAGGAGGAGAUGCGCACGCUGCUCACGCGCCUUAGCAUCGAGCAGUCCGGUCACCAUGGCAACGCGGGGGAGGCGGGAGAACAUGGCGGUUUUCAUGAGACAUAUACUUGUUUUGGGGAAAAUGGACGAGACUCACAAUAUUUUGAUGAGGUGGAUGGCGGGUUUCGGGCCGGCGGGGAGACGGAAGUUGAACAUGAGGUGGAGGUGGUCGCCAACCCUUAUCCCGUCACUAUCAUACCACGAUUCGGAGGCCCGCCGACAAGAAAACAGUCCGGAAUUUCUGGAAGACCGGUAUCACACAGUUCAAGUUGGUCACGACGAAAGUCUAUUGAAUAUGAAGACGUUCAAGACUCAUUACUUACAGUGAGAACUUCCGGAAACCCAGCUUCCAAUAUAUCCGAACAACAGAUAUCCGCGUCUACGUCAAGUAUAUCACGUGAUCAACACGCUAUCGGCAAUUGGCUUGCAAGUCCUGACGCAAUAUCGUCAGUGCGGCGCAUGCGCAGAUCAGUAAAUGAACAAUCUCACCGGAAGUUGAUGCGAAAAGCUAGUUGUGAGUCGCGAGUUUCCGAUGAUUCUCCAAUUAAUUCUGGAAGCUCGUCGCCGAUUCUACAUUCGAGAAACAAUUCACUGAAAGAACGAAAAAGAAACACUUCCGGGGAUGACAGCGCAUUGUCACCUAGAAUUCGAAAGUGGUCCCGUCGUGGCGGUUCCUUAAAGGAGCGAAAAACGAGCAAAGGCGAAGAUAAUGAGAGUCUUAAACCUCUCGCGAAAUCAUAUUCCAUCCUUUCAAAAGAUACAACGAGCUUGGGCGACAUUACUGAAAAAGAAGACACUCCGGCAUUUAGACCCAAAUCUGAAAGUGUUAGCGGUAAACCGACUAGAAAGAAUUCAAAGAAGGGACAGAAGCAGCCUCUUCGUAGAAAGUCUAGCACCGACUCUGUCGCUUCCGGGCCAGUGAGCGUUCCUUAGAAAGCACGAAAAGCGGAUGUAUAGUUGGUGCAGUAAACUACUGCUUGACUCUUGAUAUCAUGACACUUUGAUGACUUUGAACACUGUACACAAUUCUUGUUUGAACGCUUGCAUUCGUAGAAUCGGGUUUGGGCAUUCGGAAUGGAAUAAAGCAUUCGGCUUGCUCCACCGCAUGACCCCACCUGAACAUUGGACCUACCAUAGAAACUAAACACAAUUGCAAAAAUGAAUGUUGUAUUGGUACCACUAUCUAUUUUCAUUCUUUUUUCUCAUGGUAUUCGUAAAAAUGUAUAUUUUUUUAAUUAAUUAAUUACAUCAAUUAACAUAUAAAUGUAAUUUGUCCUGCUCCCGGUUAGAUUUCUACUUUCCCAACUACAUUUGGGUGGUUGCAUUACGUCUGUAUUUGUUGAAUAUAAUAUGUUUAUAGUGUAGGUGACAAGAUUACCUCUCUAUGUUAUGUUAACUCAAACAAUUGAAUUAAUUACCAAUAAGUAUACGUCUCCCUCUGUCGGCGAAUGUAAUUUGAAUACAAUUGCAACGAUCCAUGAGUGGUUUUGUCACCGUUCCAGACUGUUUUACGUUUAAAACUGCAAGCAUAUAUCAAUAUUUGGUGGUUUAAGCUAUUAAUGAAAAACAAUUACUGAAAAUGACACUUUUCGCCUAAAUAUUUAUACAUAAUGGUUUGUAAAUAAAAUCAUUAUUGUAUGUGAUAAUGGUCACAAUCAAAUUCAAAUACUUUUUAGUGUGUGCCAAAGAAUUACCUCAUUUCCAGGAUAUUUUAAAAUUCUUACUCUGGAUU